AUGUUUUAUGAUUUAUACGAUGGUCAAUUGACGAUUUGGGCACCGAUUUUCGCGAAUGUCACUUAUCUUCAGUAUACAAAGGUUUUCUGGAUCGAUCAGAUCUUUUGGAUGAUCGAGAUCAGUCAACUAGUGAUCUCGAUUCUUUUCCUCUGGAUCUUUCUCAUCGAGCUUUGCACGCACGGGAUCGUUCACUACAAUUUUCUCGUAAUUCUCACCACCAUCUACGUUAUGUAUUAUAUCUCAAUGGCGGCUAGGGUGGUCAUCUUUUUGAUACAAUUUGGAUAUAUAGAAGAAACGGGUCCAAGUUUCCCAUUGUUUGUGCAAAUUGCUGGAUUCAUCCGUAUUCAUUUUCUCAUGUUUGCCGUCUUCGCCGUUUUCAUAGUGAUCGUUGAGCGGUGUUUUUCGACUUACUAUCUACGAGACUAUGAACAAACGAAGCGAGGCUGGAUUUCGUUCAUUUUACUAUCAAAUUCUCUCAUUCUGGCCACGAUAUUUGCAUAUUUAUCUAUUUACAUUUCUCCAUCGAACGUCACAAUGACCUUCUUUCCCGUUUUUUUCACACUAAUCGCUCUCGUUGGUUUGAGUGUUUCGUUAUACGCUUUUCUCCAUCGGUAUAACUAUCGAUUUCUUCGCGAACUGAAUCGCACGUGGCGGUAUGAUCAAUACACAUUGAGCACAAGAUUUCAAAUUGUCGAGAAUAUGCGAACGUUGAAGUUGAUCGGCUCAUUUUUCCUCUCGUGUUGCAUUUUUGUUUUCGUCUGUGCUGUUAUCUAUUUUUGCUCGGGUUUGGUUCAAGAGUUUUCCAAAGCGAGCAGCCAAACAGCGUGUAUCUUUUUAGAGAUGAGCUGUGCUUUAUUCAUCAAUGCUAUCACUUGGUACAUCUUGAGAGCAUUCCCGAAAAUCAGAGAAUCGCUGAAGGAAAGAUUGAUGAGAAUGUUUCACCUGUCAAGAGGGAAUUCGAUUGAGGAUAAACGAAUUGCAAAGUGGCGAAUGUCGGCCGAUCAAGAAACCCGCACGUAUUUCACUCAACUCGAAACUUCGUGGGGAUUAGCAAUAAACGAAAAAAAUCCAUCAACUCAAAAGUCUAGAGAAAGCAAAAUA